AUGUCAGGCCGGGACCGAGGUAGCCGGGGUCGUGGUGACCGCGGUGGUUACAUGAGCCGUGGGCGAGGUGGAGGUGAAGGCAGAGGUGAAGGCAGAGGUAGAGGUAGAGGAGACGGUCCAGGAUUUCGAGGCGGACGAGGUGGAGGUCGAGGCGCACCAGCGGCAGCGGUGGAGGUUUAUUCGGCUCCGGAUCGAUCUAUCCCCAAUCCUAGCGCCAGAGUCACAGAAGUCGAAGACCUCUUCCAGAAAAGCCUUUCGGCUAGAGGCGAUUUGGGCAUCAGGGACCUCCAGAUAGAUGCGAGAUUUCCUCGCCGCCCUGGCUAUGGCACCAGAGGCCAGAAGGUUAUAUUGUGGACGAACUACUUCGAGAUGAUUCCGAGCCCAGAUCUGCUUCUCUACCGUUAUAAUGUUGCCGUGCAGCCUGCUGCAACAGAGAAGCAAUUAAGCCAAAUAAUCAGAUUACUACUGCAACUCCCGGAAUACGAUGGUUUCCAGCACGAUAUAGUCACAGAUUUCAAGUCCAGUUUGGUCUCCUGCAGAAGACUUAGUCCUGACACGGCGGAAUCGGUAGUACAGUAUCGGGCGGAGGGUGAAGAUGAUCCUCGGGCUAACGCACAAACCUAUCGACUACGCGUCGAAGAGACGGGCAUUCUAACUGUCUCUGAGCUCACAGACUACUUAACUUCAACCAAUGUGAACACGACGUAUGCGGACAAGCUACCUGUGCUGCAGGCUCUUAACAUAUUUCUGGCUCAUUACGCUAAGGCCUCUCCUACACUUGCGACGAUUGGUAGCAGUAAAAGUUUUGACCUCAAUACUCCGAAGUGGGACCUUGGAGCUGGAGUGUCCGCUCUCCGAGGAUUCUUCUCAAGUAUUCGGGUCGCGACUUGCCGUAUUCUGGUCAACGUCAACGUCAGCCAUGGAACCUUUUACGAUCCCGUACCGCUGGAUCAGUUGAUUCAGAAUUACGGCUCAUCAAAUCAGUUCAACCGAGUAAAGCUGCAGUCCUUCCUCGAGGGAUUGCGGGUUAAAGUGAUCCAUUUGAAGGAGAAAAAAAAUAAAGCCGGCGAGUCUAUUCCCAGAGUCAAAACCAUCUUCGGGCUUGCAGCUAAAGAUGACGGUCAGAGACUGCAGCAUCCUCCACAAUUUGCAAACCAGUUCUUUGGCGCAGGACCGCAGGAUAUAGCGUUCUUCCUCAAUGACUCUACCGGAGCUCCGUCAAGCGCAUCCACAGGCCAAGCUGCCGGGACUACAGGCAGCAAGAAGAAAGGCAAGGGUGCUAGGGGCGGCGCCUCCAGCCAUGGGCCAGGGCGAGAUAUUGCCCAGGCUGGGAGGUAUAUCAGCGUGUACGAGUUCUUCAAGAGCGUCCACAGCCGGUUGAUUGGGAAACCAAAGCUCCCCGUUGUCAAUGUCGGAAACAAGGAGAACCCGAGCUAUCUCCCCGCCGAGGUUUGCAUAGUAAUGCCUGGUCAGAAUUCACGGUCGAAGCUUGAUCCCACCCAAACGCAACAGAUGAUCCGGGUCGCCGUCCGCAAACCCUGGGAGAACGCAAACUCCAUAGCUCAGGAAGGUCUCCAUACCGUCGGUCUUUUACCACGUGAAAAUUCAAAAAUGAACCACUUCGGUGUAUCGGUGACUACGAGGUUGAUCACGGUCCCUGGGCGGGUCUUGACCGAACCGAAGGUUACAUACCAACAAGGUAAAUCACCCUUCGUUCGGGGAGGUAGCUGGAAUAUGCAAGACAUUAAAUUCUAUACGGGAGGAAUAUUGAAGAAUUGGACCUACUUAAUGAUCUCUAUGGGUGGCCAACGAGACGCAUUCGAUCAAAGUAGCCUCCAAUCCACCGUGGCUGAAUUCCACAGAGCUUUGCAGAAUGUGGGCAUCACCGCAGCUCCGCCAAAUCCAGGAUCAAGGAUUGUGGCCAAUGGGCCCGAAGAUAUGCAAAUUGAGACUGCACUCAGAGAUACUACUCGCGAUCCGAGGCAAGCAAGACUUGUUCUCGUUAUCUUACCAAUCGCGCACACACUCUUGUAUAAUCGAAUCAAGCACAUUGGCGAUGUCAAAGUUGGCGUCCAUACAGUCUGCGUGGUGGGUUCGAAAUUUGCCAAGGGACAAGCACAGUACUUUGCCAACGUCGCGCUCAAGUUCAAUCUCAAGCUUGGCGGCAUUAAUCAGUUGGUCGACAACACACGACUCGGUAUCAUCAACGAGGACAAGACCAUGGUCGUGGGCGUGGAUGUGACCCACCCGUCUCCGGGUUCCGCACCGAACGCACCCAGCGUAGCCGGUAUGGUUGCUAGCGUUGACAAAUCGCUUGGACAGUGGCCGGCGGAUCUUCGCAUCCAGAAGUCACGCAAGGAGAUGGUGUCUGAGGUCGACUCCAUGCUCAAGUCCCGUCUUCAGCUUUGGAAAACGCAAGGAAAACAUGCAGCAUUCCCUGAAAACCUCCUGGUCUUCCGUGAUGGCGUUUCCGAGGGGCAGUAUGAAACGGUCCUUAACAUCGAGCUCCCGCUCCUACGCAAGGCUUGCGUUGACCUGUACCCAGCCCAGGAUACGAAAAAGGGUCUUCCACACAUCACCAUCAUCAUCGUUGGGAAGCGUCACCAUACCCGCUUCUAUCCCACAAAUGUCAGCGAAGCCGACCGCUCUGGCAAUCCGAAGAACGGCACCAUCGUCGACCGCGGCGUCACCGAGGUCCGUUACUGGGACUUCUUCUUGCAGUCGCACACCGCGCUCCAAGGCACUGCUCGGCCGGCCCACUACUACAUCGUGCUCGACGAGAUCUUUGCCAAGUGGAAAGUCCCCCCGCCGUUCCAGAACGUCGCCGAAAUGCUGGAAGAUCUGAUACAUCACAUGUGCUAUCUUUUCGGUCGCGCUACCAAAGCUGUUAGCAUUUGCCCGCCUGCCUACUACGCAGACAUCGUGUGUGAAAGGGCUAGAUGCUAUCUUAGUGGGCUGUUCGACAUGUCUACGCCAUCAGCAACCCCAUCGCAAAGUCAAGUUGGGGAAGGAGGACAUCCUGAAGCAAGGAUGGAAGAUGUGUUGAUUCACCCCAACUUGCGCGAUACCAUGUUCUACAUCUAA